AUGGACCUACUGGGCGACUUCUUCCGGCUGUCGACGCAGGCGAAGCAGAAGGCCUACGAAGCGGCCAUCUCCAAGUCGAACCGGAAGAUCAUGGAAUUCGUCAAGCAACUGGUCAAGGAUCUGGGUGAGAUGCUGGAGAUCAACGGCGGCGGUGACAAUGGUGUCGAGCCCUAUGUCAAGCCCUACGACGCCGAUCCUCAGAGGGUAUUUUCGCCUAAGACUCAGAGUCACAACGCCGACGACCCUGGAGAACGAGCGGAGUCUGUUAAGUCGAAGAUCAACGGCAUCAAAGCUCCUGCUGUUCCUGCUGGCCCAAAUCUCAAGCAAAACAACGACCAUGGGUCUUACCUUAAGCCAAACCACAAUGGAGGUGAUGGCAACCAAAAUGCUCCUUCUGCUCCUUCUGGCUAUCGUUCAAGGUCGAAUUCCAGGGAAAGAAAGGCUCCCCCAGUCGGCGAUCCUGGAACGACUAAACCACAUCCAAAAGAUGCUACUGGAUCGCUUUCCAAGUCCAAUUUCAACGGGAAGAGUGGACUCAUAGCCACUCAUUCUGAGUUUUCUUCGUCGCCUCCCAAGCCAGGUUUCAAUGGCUCCAAAGUGCCUGCUGUCGGCAAUCCUGGCAACAGAAAGAGAACUUCUCCGGUACUCGCUGUUCAACAAUUGCCAGCCACGUAG